UACUCCCUUUACGCAGGUCGAGCGUCGAGGUCGCAGUCUCGCGUACGUAAAGCAACGUUAAGAGAAAAAAAGGAACACCGGAACAUCGAACAGGCGUGAGUCACCGUUUCCGGCCUCUCUCCGACUUGCUUUCUUCCUUUUCAACUCUUUCGGCAAUACUGGAACUAAUCAUCCAAGUUCAAUUUUGUCAGAAAAUAUAGUUUUAGAGCAAAAGGGUUGCAUCCAAGUACCUUUUUACUCAUGGAGGGAGAAGAGAGCUUGCUUGAUUCAAUACUUGAUGCAGACAAUGUUGAAGACUUGGAAGAUGUUGAUAUGGUUGAUGUAGAAGAAGGAGAAUUUGUUGAGAACUAUCAACAAACUGAGUUGGGACAAAACAGCAGUGGAGAUGGUGGCACAAUAUCUCAAGAACCUAAGAGUAAAAGUCAGAAACGUAGAAAUAAGAAGAAAAAUAGGAAAAAGAAAGCUGCUUCAGGCCCUGGCGUCUUGGACAUUAACAGAUUUGUUUUAGAUACUUGUAGGCGUUUGAAAGAAAGAAAGUCUUACCUGAUAUGGACUGCAGUUGGUUGUUUGGGUGUCCCUGCUGUUAGUGAUCUUGUGAAGGAGGUGGAUGCAAUUCAGGCAUGUGGUGGUCAGAUGACUUCAGAUGGAGGGCGAUAUAGGAAUGGUGGUGGAAUUUUGUGGAACAUCCUUAGAAAACGUGAUCCAAAUGUAUAUAAGGAAAUAAUGAAAAAAGGGAGGGAGUUUGAGAAGCAAUUUAAACCACCGGAUUUCAGGAAAGCAGCAAACCAGAGCAAACGGGGUUUGUCUGAAGCUGAAGCUGAAGCAGAAGUAGAAGGUGUGAAAGAAGAGGUGGAGAGGGAUGAAGGGCAAAAUGGGGAAUUGGACAUUGAAGAGAGACAGGUGAAGAAAAGACCUGUUCAUGAAAGAAUCCGUGUGCCUGUAUCCUAUGAUGACUUGCUUGAAGUUGAGGAUCCGAAAGAAGAGGCGAACUAAUAGCAAACAAGAAGGAUAUGGAUUGAGAAGUUUUAUGAUGGUUUUGUUUCAUAAAAUCUGUGUCUUUUGAGUGGAUUGGUUCUUUUUUGUGGCGAAUGAAUGAAUGAAUGGAUGGAAGUUUUGAUGUGCAUUUGUGGGUUUGUUUUUGGUUA